CACUCAAAUCAACUCUUUUUCCUACAUAUGCCAUCUUCUGAAGAAACAUUAGCCUUGGAACUCAUUCCAGAACAUCUUCUUACUGACUUUGCUUCCAUGGAUUCUUUUCUUGCCAGUCUUCAUCAUAUAGUGGAAGCCCCACAAUUCUCUCAAAUCCAUAGCCCCAAUCAGAUGAAACAGUCUACUCUAAGCCAACGCCGUCCUUCUAUAAACGUCGCCAUUCCCGCACCGAAAGUGAACGUAAGCGACGAGCAGAGGCAUUACAGGGGUGUUAGGAGACGACCUUGGGGUAAAUUUGCAGCUGAAAUUAGAGACCCCCACAGAAAAGGUGCGAGGGUUUGGCUGGGAACCUUUGAUACCGCCAUUGAAGCUGCUAAAGCUUAUGAUGAAGCUGCGUUUAAGCUUCGUGGAAGUAAAGCUAUAUUGAAUUUUCCUCUUGAAGCUGGAAAAUCAAGUUCAGCCCACUCUGAAUUAACUAAAGCUUGUAUAAAAAGGAAAAGAGAGGAGGAAGAAGAAGAAGGGAGAGUGGAGAGUAAAGUAGUGAAAAGAGAGAAGGAGGAAAACGCGGUGAAGGAGACGGGAAGUGUGACGCCGGGAGUAUGUUUAACGCCGUCAAAUUGGACGGGGUUUUGGGAUAGUGAAGAUAUGAAGGGAAUAUUCAGUAUCCCUCCCUUAUCUCCGUUAUCUCCGUUUGGGUAUUCAGGGCUUGCGGUUAUGUGAAACGCUUUUGGUGGGUUUUUGGACGCCGUUAACUAAAAUCAGGAAUGGUUGGCUGACGUGGCUAGUUCAAUUAUCCGAAGAUAGAAAUUUGUUCAAUCAUUAGUGUACAUACUCUACAUUGCGGCCCAAGCCUUUUGUUUUACUAUAACAUUCUAUUUCUUCUUUUAUUUUUUUUAGUGAAUGAUAAUUUUAAGUGAUUAUGUUAUUUACUUUAAUAAUUGAAUUAUAUUCGUCCUUUUGAUUA